AUGGCGUCGGCGCAUCAGAAUGGCCACCUCAACGGGGUCAACGGCUCCUCAGACGGCGUGUACACGAGCAAGCGAUUCGCAGACGUGCCCGCGACGCUCGACAUUCCAGUACAAGACCAAGAAGAUGAGGCCGUCGAGAUCGAUCUGACGAACUUGAUGGACGACCCCUCCGAUCUGUGCGACCUAUUUGAAGCUGAACAUGCCGCUCGAACUUAUUGGAUGGCAGUGGCACUGGCUUAUGCGAAACAGAAGAAGGUCGACUAUGCCAUUGAGACACUCAUCCGUGGGAAUGCUCUUCAGACUAUCAGCCAGCGUGACAAGCUGAGUUUGGUCAGUUGUCUCUGCUGGAUGUACCUGUGGAAGAGUCGAGAGGCUCCUCGAGUCGCGCCCGAGGGACAGCUCGCGUCCGAGGCCAAGACAAAAGAAUACUACCUACAACAAGCAACGGCGACCCUCAACGAGGCUUCGCGAAUCAACCCAGCGUUCCCACCACUCUUCCUUGCGCGUGGCGUCCUUUACCUCCUUCGAGCUUCUCUGCAAGCACCUUCAAAAUCAGGCGGCACAGGUUCCAUCGACCCAGAAAAGGCAGAGCUGUUGCGGUCCGCUCUCAAAUCUUUCGAGGAUGCUAUCCGAGUGUCAUUCGGCAAGAACAUGCUGGCCGUCAUGGGCAAGGCCAGGGCCUUGUUCUCUAUGGCGAAGUACCCAGAGGCGCUGUCGGCGUACCAGGAUGUACUGCAAAAGAUGCCAGACAUGGUCGACCCUGACCCCAGAAUUGGUAUCGGAUGCUGCUUCUGGCAGCUCGGAUUCAAGGACGAUGCGAAAGCUGCUUGGGAGCGAGCAUUGGAGAUUAAUCCUGACUCUAAAGUUGGGAAUAUCCUUCUUGGACUCUUUUACCUCGACAGCAGCGGGCACGUACCCACCAAUAGCCCCGAUUUCAUUCGGCUUUACAAGAAGGCGAUGACGGAAUACACACAGCGAUCCUUCAAGCUCGACAAGGAUUUCCCGCUCACUUGCGCCACCUUUGCUGGAUACUUCUUGUCCAGGAAGAAUUACGCAAACGUGGAUAGCCUGGCACACAAGGCCAUCCAGUACACUGACGUGAACGCCAUUGCCAGCGAUGGCUGGUAUUUACUGGCGCGCAAGGAACACUACGCGGGUGACGCGGAUCGCGCGAGCGACCACUACAAACGCGCCGAUGAUGCGAGGGGUGGUGAUCAGCGUGGGUACUUGCCAGCCAAGUUCGGUCAGGCCCAACUUUUGGUCAUGAAGAAUGAUCUCCCUGGAGCAAGAUACCACCUCGAGAAGAUGAACAAACAGGUCCGGAACCACGAAACCAUGACGCUGCUUGGGACGAUCUACGCCGAGGAAGUUUUUGCAAACGAGGCCGCCACUGUUAAAGACAACAAGACGAACGAAGCCAAGCAAGCCGUGAUCUUGCUAGAAGGCGUCAGAUCUGCGUGGAAGGAUCCUCAGAAGAAUGUUGCUCCCGAUGCCUCGGUACUUCUAAACCUCGCUCGCCUGUAUGAGACUGACCACCCGGACAAAGCACUGCAAUGCUUGCAACAGGUGGAGCAGAUGGAGCUCGACCAGAUCUCUGACUCUGCUAUACCCGAUGAUAUCACUGAUGAAGGUGCAAAGAAAGCAGCCAAGCGAAGGCUGCUUUCUCCUCAACUUCUCAACAACAUUGGCUGUUUCUACUCCCAAGCUGAGAAACACGAGUUUGGAAGCGAAUUGUUUGAGGUCGCCCUGGACUCUUGCAUGAGAAUCGAGGAGACUGGUGACAACGAGGACAUGGAUACAGAUGCCCUUGUUACUACAAUUAGUUUCAACCUCGGCCGGAGCUACGAAUCCAGAGGACUUACCGAGAAGGCCGUCGAUGUCUAUGAGCGUCUUCUCAAACGCCAUGAUGACUACACCGAUGCCCGGACUCGUUUGGCAUAUAUUAAGCUGCGGAAGAAUCCAAACAAAGAAGGACCUGAAGCUGUUUCGAAGCUUUACAAUGAGCAGCCGUCUGACACCGAAGUCAGGGCGCUUUACGGUUGGUACCUCAGCAAGGUCACCUCCAAGAAGAGACCGCAGAACUUGAACGAAGACCAUGAGUAUCGCACAUUCAAGCGGACCCUACAGCAACUUGACAAGCAUGACCGUUAUGCCUUGGUCUCCAUGGGUAACAUGCACCUUUCGCAUGCCAGAGAGACGCGGGUGCACACCGAGGCCGAUAAGCAGAGGCGCGAGAAGGAGUACAACAAAUCAGUGGAAUUCUUCGACAAAGCCCUGCAGCUGGACCCGAACAACGCAUACGCCGCGCAAGGUAUGGCCAUCGCACUGGCGGAAGCAAAGAAGGACUACAGGACCGCCCUGUCAAUUCUGCUCCAGGUGCGCGAGACGAUCAAGGACGCGAACGUGUACAUGAAUCUCGGCCACACCUACCACGAGCUGAAGCAAUAUCCCAAAGCGAUCGAGAGUUAUGAGAUGGCCCUGUCCAAGGAGGGCAAAUCCAAGGACACCAUGCUCAUCUCCUGCCUGGGCCGCACCUGGCUGAGCAGAGGAAAAGCUAGCAUAUCCGCUGCGCACGGUCAGAAGAUCCCACCUGAGAUCAAUGCCUACUACAAGGCGCUGGAGCUCGCGAAGAGAGCCUUGGAAAUUGCGCCGGAACAGGUUCAUUUCAAGUUUAACGUGGCAUACGUCCAGAUCCAGCUGGCCAUGACGUUGAGGGACAUGGGAGAGACGGACAGAACGUUGCAGCAACUUCAGGAGGCAGCUGAGGGGUUGGAAUCUGCAAUCACGACGCUAGGCGAAGUCGCCAACCGCCCUGACACUCCCUUCCCGAAGCACGAGUUAGAACAGCGUGCCAAUAUGGCCCAGAACACUCAGAGGAACCAGCUGCAGCGUGCGAUUGACCAACAGAAGCAAUAUGAGGAGAAGAACAAGGAGAAAAUCCAAGCAGCUCUGGAGCAGCGGCAAGCUGAGCAGCGGCGUCGUGACGAAGAGAGGCGCAAGGUCGAAGAAGCAGAGCGUGAGCGUAAGGAGAAGAUCCGUAAAGAGCGUGAGGAAAUCGCGGCACGCGACCGAGAGAUCGCUGAGCGCCGUGCGCGCGAGGAGCGUGAGAGGCUCGAGGCCGAGAUGACUGAAGACAGCGCGGGCGAGCGGGUGAAGCGAAAGCGCAAGCCAGCGGCACGGUCGAAGGGCGAAGGCGGUGACCGCAAACGCCGGUCGAAGAAGAGAAGAGACGAGGAAGAGGGCGGAGAUGAGGGCGAAGGCGACGAAUCGGACGAGGUGCAGCAGCGCGAGAGGCAGCCCAAGAAGAAGAGGCGCCUCACCAAGAAGGAGAACAGCAAGUACAAGUCGGCGGAAUUCAUCAACGAUAGUGACGCGGACUCUGCGGCCCCGUCGCGGAAGGAGGACUCACCGGCGUCGGCGAUCUCAUCGCCGGAGCCGCUGCCCGACUCGGACGACGAGGGUGGUGCGAGUCGGAUGGACGUCGACAAGGCAGCAUCUCCUGGUGAGGCGGGGGGCGAUGAUGAUGAGGACGAUGAGGGCGGCGUGCAGCGACGCAAGCGUGCGAGGAGGGGCCGGGUGCUUGAGAGCGACGACGAGGGCGACGACGAAGAUGGGGCGCCGGCGCAGGAGAAGGAGAAGGCCUCUCCAGAGGCGGAUGCGGGCCAGGCAGAUACCGCCAUGGCUGAUGGAUCCGACGAUGAGUGA